AUGGAGUUUGAAAUCCCACAGAACGACGAAGAGAAAGAAGUUGGGUAUGGUGGUUCUAUGUCGUUUGAUAUUGGCGAGGAUGCUUUUGACAUCUCCGCUUCCGAAUUAAAAAAGAAGUGUUCAUCCGUGUUGAAUCAAGUUGCUGCAACACCUUUUCUGUUAUAUGAUGUUCCUAGUAAUUACGGGUGGUUAUUCCUAUCUGCCAGGAAUGGCAUGUUAUCGGAAUCGGUGAGUAAAAUAGCAAAGACUUUGUCGACCUCCGACUAUUCAAAUUUGACAUCAGAAACAACAAGAAAGUAUCGGAGUGUUAUUAAGAUGGUAGCAUACUUAUUACAAACAGUAGAUGUCACUUCACUUGUUGUACGUGGUGUCUAUGAUCUACUUAAAGUCCCCAUCGACGCUAUUUUCUCCUCAACGGACUUCUUCUUUUUGGAGUGUUUACGAAAAGUCGCACAGAACGGGAUGAAACAGACGGACAACAAGACGGUGAAUACCAUUUUCCUCAAAUUGACGGCACUCAACCAUGUGGAUGCAAUUGUUACAAACGUGUUACAAAAUCUGAGUGAAGAUUCCGACAUCUCGUCCAUUGAUAUCAUUUUGAAAGAUAACGAUACAGUCGUCCAGAAAUUACUUCGACAAAUAGCAGUCGUUGAUUUAACCAAUGGCAAGCUACAGAAGAACAUAGCAACAGUUCUACCAAAGUUACCAAAUUUGGUUCCAGAGAGUGUGAAUAAACUCCCGAGUCUGUUGCAUGCACUUUUGGAUCAACAAGAACACGUCUUGAGAAAUGGGGUUAUUGAGUGCUACGGAGUUAUACUUUUGACAUCACCAAAUGACAAAUUGUUCGACUGUCUCUUCGAUAGAUUUUAUGAUGUCAAUUCCUUUGUAAGAAUUAAAGUGUUACAGACGUGGGGGAGUUUGGUGGAGCAUCGCGCGGUGCCUCUUGAUCGGUUUAACAACAUCGUCGAGAAAGUCGUUGAGAGGUUAAACGACAAAUCGACGCCUGUGAGAAAGAAUGCGAUUUCGUUGUUAGAGAGUAUGUUAGAGUUCAACCCGUAUUCAGUGAUAUUGCGGCGUGACAUGUUCGAGUCGAAGUUGCAAGAAACUGCGGAGAUGUUAAAGAAUACCACUGACAAGAUGAGUGAAGAUAGUGACGAUGACAACGAUGUUGAGGACAAGGAAUUGAAUGUCCCAACAGAGAAGAUUAUACAACUGUUUGAAGGGACUGGAUUUCAACAUAUUGCAGACACUGAAUUACUUGAAACAAAGAAGCAGGAAGUGUUAAAGAACUUUGUGGAGUGGGUGAAGAACUCGAUUGAGUUCAUUGACAGCUUUGACAAUGCCAUUUCAAUCGUGGAGAAUAUCUUAGAGUCUACCACCGUGCUCGACCUGAAAGAAGCAAUUAAAUUCUUUGGUACAAUCUGUCAACACAAAAUCGCGAAAGGUGCCACAGCAAUGAAGAAGACGCUCGAGUUGUUAUUUUCCAAAGAAGUUGACGUUCAAAAUGUGAUUGUCGACAGUGUUGUUAAAUCGCUGUGUGAUGAAAGUCCACAGAGUAAAAUCAACAAUUUGUUGUUAAUGGCAAAUGGGUCUAAUAUAGGGGAGGAUCUUUGUAUGAAGAAACUGACGGGGUUGUUGAUCAACAAGAAAGUGAUUGCGGCGAAUGAGGUCGACUACUUAUUGGCGUACAUGGCUGGAAAACUUCCAGGAGGUGCGGAUUUGGAGGCCAUCACUGCAAUGACUUUGUUGUCAUACAUCGCAUCCAACAAGCCCAAAAUGAUCACCGAGAAAAUCCCCCUCAUCACAUCAAUUUGUUUUGUCAAGAAUUGCACUGCAAAUUACGUGUACCAUGGUGCUUUAAUAUUGAAAGCGUUGUAUGAAAGUGAAGAAGACAUCCCAAAGUUAGCAAUGAAUGAUCCAAUCGUGAAAGAACUUGUCGACGUACUUGAUGCCAAGUACCCGACAAACACAUGGGUGCCAGUGAUGCACACCGUGCUCGAUUUGCUUUACAAAGCAGUUGAAAACCCAAACGAAGCUGCGCGGGAGAUUGUCCGCCACAAACUACGUGAUGUCCAAGAACGAAACGGAUUGAACGAAAUAGUCCGGUUGAUUGGAACAGUGGGCGGUGUUGCUCGGAAGCAAGGGGAGAUGUAUGAUGCGAUGAAAGAAGGGGUUGUUGAAGAAGUUGAGAAGAAGAAAGGUAAAAAGGGUAAAAAGAUUAACGACGUGUGUGAGUCAAAGAUGAAUGAAGUCGUUGGAGAAGUUCUUGAAGAUGGGUUGUUAGGUGAGUUUGUUAAAAUAACAGACGCGUAUGUGACUGACAUAAUUGCGCAACGAUAUAGUGAAGACAUCUAUUUAACAAUGCGAGUCGUCGUGAUCAACACGAUGUGUUCAUUCAUGAUGGUGAGUCAAAGUUAUUGUGAGAAGCAGUUGCAAACGUUAUUCACUGUUUUGGAGAAUAUCAAAGACGACGUGAUUCGAAGUAACAUUGUGUAUUACAUUGGAGACUAUUCUUGUCGGUAUCCCAAUUUGCUUGAAGGGUGGGUUGGUUAUUUGUAUGGUCGUUUGAAGGACGAGAGUGCCCUUGUUCGUCGGAGCGCAGUUGUUGUAUUGAGUGAGUUGAUAUUCCACGACAUCAUCAAAGUGAAAGGUAAUUUGUAUUUGAUGGGACUUGCACUCGUCGAUGAGGAAGAGCGAGUGAGGGACUUAGCUCACACUUUUUUCCACGAGUAUUCGUCAAAGACCAACGCGAUAUACAAUGUACUUCCCGACUUAAUAUCAUCGUUAGGAAAAGAAGACAUCGAGAGGAAACAAUUCGAAUAUAUAAUAAAAUUCAUUUUCUCGUUCAUCGCAAAGGACAAACAACACGAACAGUUAAUGGCAAAGUUAUUGCAACGGUUCACUUUGAAUGAACAAACGCCGAAACAAUGGGGGUGCACCGCGUAUUGUUUGUCGUUGUUGAAUUACAACGAAAAGAGUCUGAAAAAAUUGAUUGAAUCGGCGAAGAUGUUUGGGAAUAAGUUGCACGUCAAAGAGGUCAAGGAAGCCUUCAUGAAUAUGUGUAACCGUCUCAGGAAGUUUGUCAAGCCAGAGAUGAAGCCCCUUGUCGAAGAGUUUGAAAAGAUAGUAGUCAGGGAAGGCGGAAAUGAAAAGGAAGACGAAGAGGAACUCGAGAGAGAGAGGAAUGAGACGGACCAGAGUAAGAUGGAGGAGGACAGCGAGUAA